AUGUCUCGCCAGUCUGUCUGCAGGAGCUUCGGAGGGGGCAGCAGGAGGGGCUUCAGCUCCUGCUCCGCCAUCGGCGGCGGCUUCGGAGGCGGCGGCCGGAGCCGGAGCAGCUACAGCUCGUACUCCGUGUCCCGGGGCUUCGGGGGCGCGGGGCGCUGCGGGGGCUUCGGCAGCCGCAGCCUGCACAGCAUGGGCGGCAGCGCCAGGAUGUCCAUGGGCGGCUGCUACGGCGGCAGGGUGGGCGGCUUCGGGGGCAGCUACGGGGGGCUCGGCGGCUUCGGGGGCGGCAUGGGCGGCGGAGGAGGAGGGAUGUGCGGCUUCGGGGGAAUGGGCGGCGGGGGAAUGGGUGGCUUCAGCGGAGGAAUGGGUGGCUUUGGUGGCGGGAUGGGUGGCGGAGGAAUGGGUGGCUUUGGUGGCCCAGGCUUUGGCAUGGGUGGCCCGGGCAGAGGCGGCCCGGGGAUCCAGCCCGUGCAGAUCGACACCACCCUCCUGCGGCCCGUCCACGUGGAGAUCGACCCCCAGAUCCAGCAAGUUAAAAACCAGGAGAAGGAGCAGAUCAAGACCCUGAACAACCAGUUCGCCUCCUUCAUUGACAAGGUGCGAUUCCUGGAGCAGCAGAACAAGGUGCUCUCCACCAAGUGGGAGCUGCUCCAGCAGCAAGGGCCAUCGGGGCCCAGGAAGAACCUGGAUGUGAUCUUUGAGAAUUACAUCCAGAACCUGCGGCGGCAGCUGGAAUCCAUCCUGGCACAGCGGGGCCAGCUGGAGUCGGAGCUGCAGAACAUGCAGCAGUACGUCGAGGAUUACAAAACCAAGUAUGAGGAAGAGAUCAACCGGCGCACGACAGCCGAGAACGAAUUUGUGGUGCUGAAGAAGGAUGUGGACAGUGCCUACAUGACCAAAGUGGAGCUGGAAGCCAGGGUGGGAGCUCUGACUGAUGAAAUCAACUUCCUCAGGUGCAUCUAUGAGGAGGAGCUGUCUCAGAUGCAGACGAUCAGCCGGGAUCUGUCCGUGGUGGUGUCCAUGGACAACAACCGGCACCUGGACCUGGACAGCAUCAUCGAGGAGGUUCGGCGCCAGUACGAGCAGAUCGCCCAGAGCAGCCGGGCUGAGGCCGAGGCCUGGUACCAGAGCCAGUACGAGCAGCUCCAGAGCACGGCCGGCCGGCACGGGGACAACCUGCGCAACACCAAGAUCGAGAUCCAGGAGCUGACCAGGAACAUCCAGCGGCUGCGGGCUGAGAUGGAGAACGUCAAGAAGCAGAACCAGCAGCUGCAGGCAGCCAUCGCUGAGGCUGAGGAGAGGGGGGAGAUGGCUCUCAAAGAUGCCAGGCUGAAGUUGGAGGAGCUGGAGAGCGCCCUGCAGAAGGACAAGGAGGAGCUGGCUCGCCUGCUGAAGGAGUACCAGGAGCUGCUGAACGUCAAGAUCGCUCUGGACGUUGAGAUUGCCAUGUACAGGAAGCUGCUGGAGGGGGAGGAGAACAGGUUGUGCAACGAUGGCAUGGCAAACGUCAAUGUCUCCGUGGUGGGCAGGACGACUGUCUCCGGCGGCAGAGGAGGCAUGGGAGGAGGAUUCGGAGGCAGCGGCAUGGGAGGAGGAUUCGGAGGCGGCAGCUGCGGAAUGGGAGGAGGAUUCGGAGGCAGCGGCAUGGGAGGAGGAAUGGGAGGCGGCGGCAUGUGCGGAGGAGGCAGCAGCUUCGGAGGAGGCAGCAUGGGGGGCAGCUGCGGCAUGGGGGGAGCGAUGUACGGCGGGGGCUUCUCCUCCGGGAGCGGGAGGAUGUGCGGCUCCGGCGGGGGAUCCUCCUCCGUGCGGAGAUGCGUCACCACCACCUCGGUCAAAUCCUCGGGAGUGAGGUUCUGAGCCCCGAGGCUGACAGGGAAAGAAGCAGCUCCUCUCUCCUCCUGACAGCAGCCCAGCCUCCGCAGCCAGCCCUGCUCCUGCAGGGGAUGAGCUGUGUCCCCGCAGCUCAUGCGGCUCCUGGUCCCAGCCGGGCUCGGUGGCGAUGCCGUGCGUGUCCCGGCACCAGGAGCUGCCUGGCAGGAGGGGCCGCUCUGCCUUCCUCGCUGUUGUACAUUUCUUGCGGCAAAUGUGUAUAAAACCCCUCUUUCCCUUCUGUUCUGUCUCUGGGGCGCUUCUGUGCGUGUCCAUCCUGCUAUUCCCUUUGCAGGCCUUUGGGGUCAGGGUGGGUGUGGGGCAAGCAGGACUCAUCCCUUGGGGAGGGGGCAUCUCAGGCAGUGGCCAGAGGGAUGAGCUGGCCCAGGGUGCAGCUUCUGGGCAGCUUUGCUCACUUGGGUGCUGCCAGCAGGAGCUUCCCUGGAGCUCUGCCUUCCAUUCCACUUGUCCCAGCUCUCGGUGACACCUGGGACACCUCACACACAGCUGGACUAUUCCUAAGGGGAAUGACAUUGUCCUUCAGUGCCCAGCUCCCAUGACACAGACGCACUGUCCCCGCCUCCCCCUCCUCUGUGGGCUGCCUCCUUCCUUGUGAUGUUGCCAUUCCCAAUAAAUUGCAGAGAAUAUUCACAAUGU